ACCUUGCACAGCAGAGCAGAUGCAAUCCAAGAUGGCGUAUUGACGUUUACCAUCGAACGCCUGUUACGCCACAUCUUCGCCACAUUUGAGCUUUUCGGCCGCCGAUAGAGGCACCUGGGGGGCGCCGACCGCGGCCAUGGACGAUCCCGUGUGCCCUGUCUGCACUUUGUCCGUCCGCAAGGGCAUCAGCCUCGAGGAGCACCUGAAUACGCAUCCCAAGGAUCAGGUGAUCCAAGCCCUGAUCCGGAGAUGCCUGACCUCGGCCCCGACAGCAGCCCCGCUGCAGUUCGUGUCGCCGGGAUCGUACAACCCGUUCAGCCUUAUCGUGCACCCCUCGGGCUUCCUCCAUUACAACGCAGUGUCGGCGCCAUUUGUGCCUCCGGGCCCGGUUUUCAAUGCUCCCAGCCCGAGACCCAACCCCACACAAACACCACCACCAGCUCAAACUCCAACUGGCAGCACCUCAAACAUCAAUUUGUCAACCUCGUCCAGGUCUUCAGUGGUCGUUGAGAAGGCUAAAGAAGAACCUCUUAAAGAAAAAAUUGAAGAAACCCAAAGUCCAUCGAAUAAAAAUGAAGAAGACGACGAUGAUGACAUUGACGCGUCUUACGAGAGUAAUGAAGAGGAGGAGAAUGAAGGAUUGCAAGAGAAAAGCCCAGUUCCUGACCCUACUAAAGAAGAAAACGCUGGCUCCUCUUCAUCACCGCUGAUGACGCAUUGUGUCACACGCAACAACGGCACCAUCGUUGACAGCGUCUACAUCGAAGUCAAGGAUGAACUGAUGCAGCAGUGCAGAGACGCUCUUGAGGAACACGCAGGCACGGCGCUGGAUUCGCUGCUCAUGAAGGAGGGCGAUGCCGAAAUGCAUUGCUCUGAAGUGUUGGACGCCAACUCUGAUCGCUCUGACAGUCUUCAGGAGAGUCUGACUGUUAAGGUGCAGAACGAUGCCGAGUAUGAAUUUGUCCUCGGCAUCUCUAAUGACGCGCAUGAGGUCUCAGACCACUAUAGCAUUGGUCCAAAUUCACCAAAGGACAACGCGUCUAUCAGGGACAUACAGACUGAUGAAACGAUGCCACCUCAGGGCGAACUCAGCGAACAGGAGAGCAUUGGCGGAGAUUCUGCCUCCUUGUGGGGACCUGCUGCUGAAGAUGUGUUUUCUGCACCUCAGGUGUUUUCUGCCUUGACGAUCCAAAGGAGGUCAGGAACGCCGCACAUUUUGACUGAGUGGCAGCCUUUGGCUGCCGCGUCCCGACACUCUGAGGCAGCAUCGUCCAGCACCUCAACCACCACUAAUAGUAUUCAUUCGGACCAUAAGAUGGUGUUCUGUGGUACAAUCGUAGACAGGGGCAUUCCAAUGGUGAGCGGUGGGGAACAGUGGCGACAGGUGGAUCAAGAUCUCAAACCGGCCGAAAAUCAAGAGCCUGUCGAACCAUCCAAAGUACUCAUGACUGUGAUGGGUGAAGAAACCCUUUUGGUAGAGCAGUCAGUCCGGCGGCAGCAAAUCUGCUCAGUCUGCAACCAGACUUUCAACAGCUACCGUGAACUGCAGAAUCAUAGACGCAAAGAGCAUCGAAAAACUAAGUAUAAGUGCCCGAUUUGCAUUGUGCCAUGUGAGUUUUCCGAGCGGAAGGAUUAUCUGGAGCACACUAAGUCUCACUCACUGGAGUGUCCACUGUGCGGAAAAACAUUCAAGAACCUUCCCAGCCUGAGCCUGCACAUGAAACGCGAAAUGAACAUCCGGCCUCACAAGUGCGAGAUCUGCGAGAAGAGCUUCAUCACCAAGCAGAAGCUCAUGGAGCACUCCAACAAACACUCGGGCCUCACUCCCUACGAGUGCAAGCUGUGCGGCAAAGGGUUCAGGCGCUACAGCAAUCUCAUCCAGCAUAGAGAUUGGCUGCACCUGCGAAAGCGUAAGCCACCCAUCGACCUCCUCUGCGGGAUGUGUGAACAGAUUUUCCACUCAAAGAAGCGUUUGGAAUGGCACGUGGAGGAAGCGCACUUCCCUCAGCCACAUGUGUGCGCGCACUGCCCGCAGCGUUUCACGCACGCCUCUUGCCUGACGCGUCACGUGCGGCAGCUGCAUGACCGCAAAUACCAGCCAGUGACCAAAGAAGGUAUCAAGAAGGGCUGCAAGGAGUGCACCGAGUGUGGCGGCGUGUACUCGCGCACUUCGCUCGUUGUUCACAUGCGCACCCACUCAGGUGUGCGACCCUUCAAGUGCAACAUAUGCUUUAAGGCUUUCACCACUCGUUGGAACUUGAAUCAGCACAUGUGGACCCACGAGUCGCCUGCUCAGCUUCCACUCAAAUGUGAUGUGCAGCAGUGCCGAAAGGCUUUCUACCGCAAAGAAGAUCUCGAAGCACACAAACGCUCCCACACUAAACACAAGGCUUACACGUGCAACGUUUGCGGCAUGAAAUUCCUGCGCAAGUCAAACUGCAUGCGUCACUACCGGGAGCAUGUCAAGGACAAAGAACACACAUGCGAAAUCUGCAGCAAGACCUUCCACCGGUCGUACUACCUGGCCGAGCACCUGCGCACCCACUCUGGUGAGAAGCCCUUCGCGUGCCACAUUUGCGGCAAAAACUCCACCACCAAGUCAAACCACAACAAACACCUCAAAACUCACCUCGGCAAGGAGCCUGUCACGCCGGAAAACUAGAUUCUAACUGCCUCUUUGAACGUUUUUUAACAUUCCACUUGAUUGGACCUGACUUGCAACUAAAUUUUCAGUCCACUUGCAGUUAAUUAAUGUCAUAAUAUUUGUGAUCAUUGUCUGCGAAAUGUGGCGCCGUUGAUGCUGAGAACGCGGCGCCACGACGAUAGAAUGCCCUGUUCUUCUUUUUUAAAGAAAUUCUGUAUCAUAUGUAUGGUAACUUGUGCAGGGUGAUUGAAGGGAGAAGUGCAAAAGGGGGAAUAGGAUUGAAACGACUCUUUUGGUUUACAUGUCGCGUUGUUUGUUGAUGUCAACUUUUACACCAGUUAGAUAUAAAAGUAAUAUCUAGGCAAUAAGUUAGUUUGUCUUUUGAUUUGGAGCUUUUCCUGAGGUGGACAUAUCUGUUUGGAUCCUUGUGACUAAUUCAAUUCAAUGUCUUCUGAACGUGAGCUACACGUUCAAAAAUGUCGCCUCAGUGCAUUGAUAUUUUGUGUUGCGUUUCUAUUUUUCUGACAAGAUGCUACGUCUUAGUUGGUGGUGAUAUCAUUGGAGUUGUGUCGCCUGGCGUAUUGUCAACUUCUCUUACUGUUAGUGGCCAGAUUAUUUAUCUAUCUGACAAUUUAGUUUCAAAUGACCUUUAUUAUGGUUUUGCAUAUAAAUUUAAGCAAUUUAUAGAAGCCAGAAAAUUUUAAAAACUUUAAUAGUCAAAUUAAAAAAUACGUUUUGUCAAAUUGUGAUGAAAUUUUAGGUUUAAAAAGUUUUAAUGGGAUUUAACUUUAUGGGAAAUUUUUUACCCUGAGAAAAAUCAAAUUUUGGGAUUGUUCCACUGUAUGAUACGUUCGUAAAAUUCCUUAAUUUUACUCAUUUCAAGCUCCAUAACUUUCUAUCAGCAGGUGAUCUAAAUAAACAUUGUUGGAGAGUGCUGGAAUGAAAUAAUAUCACCACCAAGUAACACUUAGCAUUCCAAGUGUUUCCAUGUGAGCGUGCAUCUUAUUUUACAAGAUGUCGCAAAAGAAUGAUUUUUUAUUUGUAAAUAUAUACAACAUUUGCAAUUCCAGGCAACGGAGCAAUAUGGAAUUGUCGCAUUUGGCGGCGAUUACGACUUGUCUGUUAAAUUCACUAUUAAUCCACGAACAAACCAAAUGUAAUGAUAGCCGUGCCAGGAUUUUAUGCACGUCCGUGAAGAGUAAAUGUGUGUGAAAUGACAAAUUAAUAAAAUCCUGUUGACGAGCGUGAAAUAUG